AUUUCUGUUGAUCCUUCAAUACUUGAACUUCGUGCACAUUUGUUGUGUGUCAAAUACCAUCACAAUGGGGAAAGUUUCUGUGAAAUCUGAAGGCAAGGAGGAAAAGCCUGCUGCCUUGGGCAUGGCCAAGAUGAGUCGGGUUCUCAAGAAGAAGACGUCCAAGAAGAGUUAUUCUCUGGUGCCGUCUCCAGAGAUCAAGAAGAUGGGCGCAGCCAAAGUCAAAACUGAGAAAAUAAAGGCUAAAUCUUUCCUACAGAAUAGCCCUUCUAUGAUGCAGUCUCCAGAGAAGAAGAAGCAACUUGUGGCUGCCAAAAUCAAAAUGGAAAAAAAGAAAGCAAAAUCUCUCCAAGCGAUGGCUGAUUCUGCAGUACCGUCUCAAGAGAUGAAAAAGCUUUCAGCUGUUAAAAUCAAAACGGAGAAAAUGGAAGCAAAAUCUCUCCAAGCGAUGGCUGAUUCUGCAGUACCGUCUCAAGAGAUGAAAAAGCUUUCAGCUGUUAAAAUCAAAACGGAGAAAAUGGAAGCAAAAUCUCUCCAAGCGACAACUGAUUCUCAAGUGCCGUCUCAGGAGAUGAAAAAGCUUUCAGCUGUUAAAGUCAAAACUGAGAAGAAAAGAGAAAAAUCUCUACAAGCGACAACAGAUUCUAAAGUACCAUCUCAUGAGAAGAAAAAGCUUUCAGCUGUUAAAAUCAAAACAGAGAAAAUGGAAGCAAAAUCUCUCCAAGCGACAACAGAUUCUCAAGUGCCAUCUCAUGAGAUGAAAAAGCUUUCCGCUGUCAAAGUCAAAACUGAGAAGAAAAGAGAAAAAUCCCCUCAUAUAGUGAAGAAGGAAGCACAAAAUAUGAAAUCUCCCGAAGUUGAAAUUACCUUCAAACGUAAGUCAGAGCAAGCAAGAUUGGCAAAAAAAUCUGUGAAAAAAUCUAAAACUGAACCCAGUUCAAAGCUCAACAGAUUUGAUGAGAUGAAGAAAAUCCACAAUACGCUUAAGGAAAAGAAAGAGAAGACCAUCAAGCAGAGAGAAGAAGAUAAGGAAGAUAAGAAGGGAGAAGAAGAUAAGGAGUCGGAUGAGUCGGCUGACGAGGAUGACGAGGCGUGCAGGAGCUAUGCUCAAGACUUUGGCAUGGACGAAACAAAUGAAGUUUUGGAAGCCGGUGAUUCAGAUGUGGAGGAGGCAAGUAAACAGGAAAAAAGGGAGAAGAAACAAAAGAAAAAGAAGCAAAAAGAAGCGUGGGUGAAUCGCAAUCACCCUGAUGAGGUGGCCCGCACCGUCUUCGUUUCAAACGUCAGCCUCAGCACCACAGGCAAAAAAAUGCUGGCUUUCAUGAAACCAUAUGGCAAAGUGCUCAAUGUUAGGUUCCGCAACCUGCCCCUGAACAGGAACACGAAGCUGAAGCUGCAGCAGCUGGCCCGCAAGAAGGAGUUCAGGAAGGACGCGUCGUCCAUGUGCGCCUUCGUCAAGUUUAGUGCCCCCGAGCAGGCUGAGGCCGCCCUUGCUGCUAAUGGCAAGGUGCUUGACGACCAUCACGUCUUCGUGGAGCCGGCGAGCCAAAAGACGAGCGAGGCGAAGCGGGACGUCCUCUCCUCGGGACAGCAAAUUGUUGUUGGCAACUUGCCUUAUG